UUGUGAAAUGCGAGAUGAGUCACACCCUAACCUGAUCAUCUAAGGACUUUAUUCCUGUUCACUCAGCAUUGUUAUGUAGUUCCGAGAGCAAGUACGGGUGACUUUGUCCAGCUUUGCUUAGAUUAUUGUAAACAUAUUUCAGUUGUAGUAGUGGAGCCUAUUAGAAAAGGCUGGCAAAUGAAGACAUGGUCUCUGUUCAGGAGUAGAGUCCGUGUGACUAUGGAGUUGUACCUAAGCCUCUUCUUUGUAGCCACAACAGCAGCAGAAACACAUUCUUACAUCACUCUUUAUACGGCAUCGAAACAGCCAAACAUACCCUGGUUUACAGCGCUGUCGUUUGUAGAUGGACAUGAGAUUGAUUACUAUGACAGUAACAUUAUGAAAGUGGUCCCCAGACAAGAGUGGGUGAAAGAAACACCUGAUUACUGGAAUGAACACACAUCACGGCACCAACAAGCACAGGAGGAGUUUAUGAAAGAUUUUGAUGCUGUGAAUAAACAGUUUAACCAUUCUGGUAUAACAACAUUUCAGAGGAUGUUUGGAUGUGAACUGAGCGAUGAUGGGAGCAGUGAAGGAUUUGAUAACUAUGGAUACAACGGCCAGGAUUUCAUCUCACUGGAUUUGAACACAAUGACGUACAUCGCUGCCACACCACAGGCGGUUAUCUUCAAACAGCGUUGGGAAAGUGACAUAACUCACAUGGCACUUCAGAGGCAUUACUACAGUGAAUGUGUUGACCGGUUGAAGAAUUUUGUGAAUCAUAACAACUUUUUUUUAAAGAGAAGAGUCACACCUGAAGUCUACCUGUUACAGAAGGACUCCUCCUCUCCAGUGGUGUGUUUUGCCACAGGUUUCUACCCCAAAGCAGUGAUGCUGAGCUGGCAGAAGAACGGUGAGGACCUCUUUGAGGAUGUGGAGCUUACAGAGACUUUAUCCAAUGGCGAUGGAACCUUCCAGAAGAAGAGUUUCCUUCAUGUGGGGCCUGAAGAGCAGAAUAUGAACGAGUACAGCUGUGUGGUGCAGCAUAUGAACCAGGGAAUUAUACUGACUGCGAGCGAAAUCAAGACUAAUUAUGUUGCUGCAAACACCUUUUACAUAGAAUUGACUGCUGUUGUCACUUUGGCGAUUAUAUGCAAUGUUUUCAUUUGGAUCUUCAUAGUAAAGUGCAGAAAAGGAGACAAAAUGUAUAUUAAGACAAACCCAGAUGACUGACACCGAAGGAAGCUGUGGUUAAGGGGAAUAAAGAAGAGGUCAUUCCCUGAACAGCUCAGUCCCUUCUGUUCAAGAGUGUAGCUUGGGUGCAGGGAUGCCGUAUGGAGGGGGGUAAGUUAGGAUGAUUCUAGGGGCCUGUGACUGACGGGGGUCCUAAAUAAUUGUUAACCCUUCUGUUGUGCUCAACUGUAAGAAGCAGUAAUAAAAUUCCUUGGUCAAAUUGACAUGAUGCAUGUUUAAGCACCAAAAGUAGUUAAGUAGUUUUCCAUAAACAUUAUUUUAGCUCAUAUAAUUUUAGUGUAAUCAUGUUUUUCACCCAUUACAGAUCAUGGUUUACUUAUAAUAAUUCACUUGUUUUUCAAGAAAAUAUCUUUUAGACAUUUUUUUCUGUACACUGGCAAAAACUAGACAUUCAACAUAUUUGUUUGUUUAUUCUUAUUUAGACUUUUUCAACUUUUUUACAUUUUCUAUCAUGGGGGCAUGUUGAUUAAUACAAACGAAACAUCUCUUCUGUUUUGGGUCAAACAUAUUUUGUAUUUUUUAACUUUAAAACGAGUCAAUUUGACUUGCAACAUAACAAGAUGGUCAAAUAUUAGAGUUUUUUUUCAAUGUUACUUUUUUUCCCUUUUUUUCGUUUUUGACAAAAAAUUAAGAUCUAGAGAACGUCUGCCCAACAGGUGCUGUCUCCACAUCCCCAAAGGCUCAACCAAUGAAGCAGUGUUAUAUUUUCAGGGUUGGCGUGGCCUGUGCUGAAGGGGAGGUGGGGCCCAAUGUGAUAUCUUUUCAUGGGCCCCUAGCUGCGCCUCUGCUUGGGUGUAGGGUGGAUAUAGGUUUUGUUGUUUUAGGGCGCAUGUAAAAGUUUUAGUGCUUGCUAGACUGUGAUGUUAAUUUCAUUUGUACUGAAUCUGUAAUAACCCUGGAAAGUUUGACUUAGAGUGGGACACUGCUUUGUCUUUGUCACAUGUCAGGGCCCCUGUCAGUCUGUGCAAAAAUUUUUUUUUAAUUCUUUGGGAUCCUUUUUUUAAAUAAGUUAUUUUUCAUGUAAAUGUUUAAUGUAAUGUUGUUUCUAUUACAUUUAUAAUUGUGAAUAGAUAUCAAUAACAGAUUAUAGUGUGCUACAGACUUACAAAGUAAGUGAUUAGUUGUUUCAGUCUUGGACAAGACGUACACAAUGUAUACUCCUUGAAUAUGAAUUAUUUAUUUAUUAAUAUUUUUCAAUAAAUACUACAACAUC